AUGGGUUGCGAAUUUCUUUACGAAAGAUUUCAGCCGAUUUACUUUCUCGCAGCUUGGACCACAGCCUGUUCCAUAUCUUUAGCCAUGGAUAUCCAAGCACGUCUGCCCACUGUAGUUACUGUUACACUGUUUUGGCUCAUAUCGGUCCAAGCUCAAACCGAUGCAACCAUAUCUAAUAGUACACCAAUAAUCGAAAAAUUUAAUGGGAGUACUGGAGCUGUUGAAACACGCAUUUUGGUCGACAGUCCAAAGACUGACACUCAGUUCGAAGCAAUCGCUUUUGGUUUGGAACAGUUUGCAUCGCAAAAUGUUCACGGCCCAAUGGACUUUUCUGAAAUGGAUAUAGCAGAGCUACCGGCCGUGGUACAACAAUACUUCGUCGGUGGGUACAAGUCUAAUCGACCGGAGACUUUGACCUGUUGGAAACCACAAUACAUCGGUCCAGUCGAGUUCAACGAUACUCACGGGGUUGCGUACUCUCGGUCGUGGUAUGUUGGUCAGUCCGGGUCUCCAAGAAAGCACCUCCUUCAUGGUGCUGGCUACGCCGUCACUGAAGUCAAUGGUGAACUGAUCCUCAGUAACAUGGAAGGAUUUCACUACCCUCAUGAAGUUUUCACUUGCACCCUGAGCCCUGUGAAAAGUCGGGACAUACCAGUCCCAACUCUCGACCAAGUUCACCAGUUGCGCAAAGAGCCUCUACUACUCCACGGUGAAACGGUCCAAAACGGUUACGAAGGUGUGAAAGUCAGUUUGGAGCUGAUCACACACACUCCGGUGGAUGACUUACCAGAUUGUCACGGUCAGCCAGCAUUCGAAAGCCUCCCUGUUUGUCACGAGGCAUUUUGGUCCAACAUGACACAUCCGCUUGAUUUUCAGGGCGGUUUCGCCGUAUUCAAGCAUGAACUUCUGGACUACAAUCCGGAAAAAGAUUUACUUCGAUGGAUAAAGCGACUGGUGGAAGAUUUCUGUGACGCUUAUGGUUGUACCGUUGUUAAAGCGUGUUUCGUGGGCGAUGAAGAGAAAAGUGAUGUACACACUCCAGAAGAAGAUGACAAUGGUGACAGCCAGCCUACAACCGAACUUGCUACAGAUGAAUCCUAUCUGGAAGGGGAAGAUGAUUUCAGCGAUUCCUAUCCUGAAUAUGGAUUUGAUCCAAGAAACGUCCGGUACACAAGUGGAGAAAUCCGCAGAAUUGUGGCGUUUGACUCUGAAUACGGGUACUACGCCGAUAAUACCUCAUCGUCAUUCGUCAGGGAAGAUAAGAUGGAAGCUGCUGACCGAGUGUUGACUGCGAGAUCCCCAGGAAGUAAUCCGCUGCAAAUUAACAUCACGUUGCAAUUUACCUCAAAACAGCACAUAUCUUUUGACUGCGACAGUAUACGGCGUAUAAUUUCACCAGACCUCGGGGAUGAUCGUGGAGUUCAUUUUGACAAAACGCUGGACACCGAACCGUUUGGAAUGCUGAACAGGAUGCUGCGCACCCACGAAUUUCCUUGGUUCCGAUCCUAUGGAGAGACUGAUGCGGAACAGUAUCGGGCCACAUAUUGUUACACUGGAUCGGAAACCUUUGAGAGCAGUACCUCUACUCGAGAUGCAUUUGUACCCUCCCGAGGAUUCACUGCCAUAUUUGUCUUGCCAAAAGAUACCAUGAGCAAAUCCACCAUCCUCUUUGGUCGAGAUGAUGAACCACAGUGCUCCAUUCAGGCAUUCUGUUUGAAUGAAACUUGCACGCUUGAUGUGAAUCUGCAAAACACAAUAGCUCAUAAUAUUUCCACGACAAACGCGUUCCUGCACGGGGUUUUUGCACUACGCGCUGAAGUGGACGAACCUGCUGAGCUGCUUAUAUUGGUGGCCGAACCGGCAAGGCUGAGUGAUUCGGAUGGCAAUCAAAUGGUCCAGCCCAUCAUGUUGUUUCGGCAUGCAUGGAGAACAAGCGAAACGGGCAUUGUCACAAACACUAGUUACGCCACACUUGAAUGCUCUAGAGAGAAAGUUCAGAUUGUCCAUGAAUUUGGUCAUUUCACAACGAAGUUUCUAUCGUGGCCAGAAAUGGAAUUAACGGGCCCAUCAUUCAGCCGGAUUUCGAGAAUUCGCUGGUUGCUGGAAAGGGAGUGCCAUCAGUCCGCCGCGGGAGUAAUGUUCAUUAGGGAUUCCGUCCCUGUUCCGCACCGCAUUCAUCCGAAUUACGACCAACUCUUGAACUUUGCCAGUUCUGGACUCCCCUGUAGCUCACCGUGUGAAAUAGCACAUAACUCAGGACCGUCCGCACGGAUGGAGUGCAUCACAGUACGAGAAAAAGAACAGUGUUCGAGAGAAUUCUUCCUUCCAAUCAGUCUACCGGUAAUGGACAAAGCGAUGAAUACAAGAUCGCCAGUCUAUGCCGCGUUGGCCAUGCAGUAUUGCAAUGUCUCCUAUGACGAAGUUUAUCUGCAAACAAACGAAGAGAUUAUGCAGAUGGAGGCGGAUCGAUGCAACUUUACGAAGGGCAUUCAAUCACACACGCAUGAAAUAUUUUGUCCAACUCUGAUACCAAUCAUUGGGCUACGGAUGGAUCCAGUGAUAUUCAGUUGCGUUCUAGAGAAGAAGGAAGUUGCUUUCCCGAGUUUGAGCACAAUGAGGACCAAAGUACGGAGCCGAAUCACCAGAUGCGAAACAAUCGGAGAGAAAGUCGAGUCAUCGGCGAGUAGAGUCACAAGAUUGUGUCCGUUAGGCCACAGAGUCACGUGGAGCAACGUGCACUCGGAGCGAACAGUGGAUUGGAGUGACAGUGGGGAAAUCGUUGGGACACAAAAAACAUACGAUCUGAAACAAGUUCACGGAGGAUACACAUGCGUUCCAUGUGAGCCAAAUACCUACAACGACUUCCAAGAUUCCCCGUUCGUGUGUAAUGCAUGCCCGAGUUCCAAACCAUCGACAUACACAAUUUCAGGAGCUAUUUCGUCUCACUGCUCAAAUGCCAUGAUAAAUGUGAUACGUAAGAGUAUCUUGCACAACGGCACUGUAGUCUAUGAAGCCAAAUUAAAUGGUACUGCGAAAGUGUCUCCAAGGAAGCACUGGUGGAAGACGCAUUACCCCUCAGAACCAAUCGACUAUCUGGAUAAGCUAAAGCCAAGCGAAGAGUACUUGAUCGGGCAACGUCAAGCAAUUGAUGUUUUUAAGGCUUUGACGCAGCUGACAUUCUCCGAAACGGAGCUCACCAUCAUGGUCGCGAUUGCAUUUGCUGUGGCUGUGUUUGGCAUUACCAGUGGCUUGCUUGUUUUGGCCGCAAUAACACCGUCUGUCAAGUGCAAAGCAACUCUCUGGGAAACGAAAGAAUCCGGAUGCAGAGAGCGGCGCAACCGUAGCGUAUAUUGCUUCCUCAGACAAAUGCUUCUGGAGAUCUCGACUCUCUACACACAAACGAGAAGACGAACGAGCAAAGCAAUGCAACAGGUUGAGCAAAUGAUUCAACAGAGUGAUGCAGCCAAAGCGGUGAGAGAAGCUGCGGAAAAUGCGGGGAUAAAAUUGAAGAAAGUACUUUACGGAGAAAAACUAGAGCAUAUGACACUGGAACAGUUGGAUCUGAUCGACCUCCUCACGCAGAUCACCUUGGAGAGAAUAGUGGAACAGGCGAAGAAGGAAAUUGCUCAACACCGACGUAUCAAGCAGAAACAGCGCAGUGAGUACAAGAAAUGGCUUCAGCAUACUGUGGAUGCGGAGGGUAGGGCGACCGAGGCCGAGGCUGAGGCAGCGGCUGCAAGGGCGGACAUGAGGAAUACAGUGAAACGCAUGUCUGAAGCUGGGUCAGUAGAAGAGCGACUUGACACCAGGCAACAACUUGAAGCCUACAGACAAUACCACAAAAAGAUGACAGCAGUGGCGGCCAAGGAAAGGGCGGUUGCUGGCCGACUGUUGUCGGAGGUGAUGCACAUGCAGGAGGCAGAACAAAAAGCAAAUGAUCCAGAGUCAAUAGGCCUGAGUGAACAUGACCGUAGAGCAAUCGAAUGUGCCGCUCCUGAAUUACGGCCAUAUCUACGGCUUCCGCGGUACCAUACACCAGCGUACUUCCUGCUACAUGCCUCAAACGUGGAGGAUGAAAGACGUCGAAGAACGGAAUAUCCAGCGCCGCCAAAAGUUAGAAGACAUAGCAGAAGAUAA